AUGGGUAUCGCCAUGCUGCCUGAGCAGGCUGCAAUGGCGUCCCCAAUCGAAAGCUCAUUCCUUCUGCCUGCCAAGGUGUAUUGUCCUCCCGGUCCUCCUUCCAACGAGGGCUUGUUCCUCUUGCCUGCGAAGACUUACUCGCCUCCCAGCCCUCCUCCCAAGGAUGACUCGCUUCUCUUGUCUGCCAAGGUCUUUUCUCGCCCAGUUUCUUCUUCCAAUGACAGCGGGUUCCUCUUGCCUGCGAAGACCUAUUGUCCUCCCGGUCCGCCUUCCAAUGACAGCGGGUUCCUCUUACCUGCGAAGACAUAUUCUCCCAGUCCGCCCGCGAAGAGUAACAGUCCCUCCGAUUAUGGAUCUCGCAACUCCCCUGCGUCCCAGGAGGCCCAUGGUCGUGCCAAUGACCAGUCUUUGUAUGCUGUCUCAUCUACUUUGAAGAAUUAUUGCACCACUGUGCCUCCCAUAACCGCGUAUGGAGUUGUUGCGAGCGCAAAUCAAUUUGACAACAAGAUGGAUUAUGAAGCUACCAAUGUCUCUUCCAACCCUUCACUCGUCAAGAGUCUCAAUCGAGCUCCUCUUCUCAACAUUCACCCACGCUCGGCUUCCUCUCAGCCAUUGAAUGAUAGAAAUUCGAACCGCCCCUUCACGGGCCGAUCAGCCUGGGCCGAUCCGUCUUUUAUCUCGGAUUGGGACUUUGAAAUGGAACAAGCUCCUGCUCUCGAUGAAGAUUCCGACAUGGAACAAGCUCCUGCUCUUGAUAAAGAUUCUGAUAUCUCGAUACACUACCCAUACUACGACGGAUUCGACUUCUGGGAACAUAUCUCUCUCAUUGAACCCGUCACUGUCCCAAGAAUGUCUCAGAUUCCUGCUGGUUUUGAUGAUACAUCUCCUGACGCCAUGGAUUGCACUGACAUUCCAGCUUCAAUUUCAAAGGCCUAUCCAAAUGACACGAUAAUUCCAUCUCUGGUGCCUGCCCGUCUCUCCGUCUCAAUCAAACGCGUACCUCAAUAUCAGGCGGAAGUGAUCAGUCCUGAACCCAAGCGCCGUUGCAGUCAACGUGUUUCAGUCGAACCCUCCUCUGACAUUCACACAUUGAGCCACACUCCGUCCUCCUUAUUCCGACAGAGAAUUUCAACCUUCCUCGAUGAGUUUUACGAUUCUAAGCACUUAAAUCAGGCAAAUGAGUCGCUUGUUUCUCCUCAACCUCCCACCAUAGCCAAUCGAAAGAAUCUGUUUGGCCCUGGCGGUCUUUUCAGCAACGACCCACCCAUCAAGGACCCUGAGAUCCUCCAAGACGCACCACCUGCUGGAAAGGAAACACUCCUCCGAGGCCUGGGCAAGAAGCUCAAGCAGCAACUUACUGACAUCUACCCCUCAAAGUCAUCUACAAACUCUCCGACAGGCAGAUUCAAGAAUCAAAUCCAGGUGUCCCUGAAUCCUGUUGAUCAAGCCAAACUCUUCUCCCAGCUUGAAAUGAUGAUUUGCACAUCCGCCAACAAUUUCUUGCUUCGACAUUACUACGAAGGUCACGUCUCUCAGCAUUCCAUCAAUAAAGUCACCAACCAGUGGAAUUCUAAGAAUCGGCCCCAUGUCAACCAAUUUUGUUUUGAUCAAGGCACCCAGCGCGAGCUGAUCAUGGAAAACCGUCGCACCAUCAUUUUCACCGGUGGUUUUGUUAACAAGGCUGUCAUGUUUGACUCCAAUAUGCGCAACUGGAAGGCCAUUGCUAUGGAGAUGCGCUCUCGCACCUUCUGUCUGCCCGACACUGCCAUUCGCAAAAUUCUGUACGAGAUUCACGAGAUCCUUGAAAUGCUCGAGGCAUCACUUUCAACUCUUCAAGAACUCAAUGAAGCACACGCCUGUGCGCAGCUUAAGAUGGUCAAGGCUUCUGAGAUGAAGCGCUCACACACUCGCAACCGCCUCAGCCGCUGA